AUGUAUUACAUUCUCUACCUUGCCAGUCUCUGCAAGCGCAGGCGUUGGUCUGAGCCUCACUACGACGCAUUCCGUAGCACAUCCGGGUUCACAGCGGUGGUCCGCGUCAACAACCGCGAGUACAAGGCCGACACGAUCUGCGAAAACGAAGUCAUGGCGCGCGAGAACGCAGCGAUGCGCGCGUACCUGAUCUGCCGCAACUUCUCGGUCAAUGAUGGAAUGUAUCCGGCUGGCCAUGACCAUGGCGGAGUUAUGCAGGGUGUCCCCGUUGCGAUUGGCACGGGGCGGCGCGCGCGCUACGGCGAUGAGAGCGAUGCCACGUCAAGUGCUGGUAGUCGCAGUGGUGGGAGCAGCCCGGAGAGCCAUGAGGGGGGUCGAUUGGCUCGGGGACGCCGUCAGGGCGUUCCGACGAGAGCGUUGGCCUACCAAUACUAG